CCCAAACACGGAAGCAGCGUCAACCUGCGAAAGCAAAAGUUGAAGCUUAUAUUUUAGGUGUAUCGAUGGAACAAAACCAUAAUUAUUUUUACCGUAAACCGUAUAAAAUUAUAAUAACUGUUUCCGCAAGAUGGAUUUUUCUUGGUUUCACAUCGCCGUGCCGCUCUGUUUAGCGGUUUUAUGUGUCGUCACGGGACAGACGCAGGCGAUGCCGCCUGCCAUGUCUGCCGCCCUCGGUGUGUCCUCUCUGGCUGCCGGUGUAGCGCUGGUGCUAUGGAGGGACAUUAGGUCGAGGAUGAGGGGUGAAGGCCGUACUGUGAGCGGUCUGCUCAGUCAGUAUGUGUCGCUGAAGGCUGUGGGCUGGCUGGGCAAGAGGCAGAGGAGGAAACUUGAAGCGGACACUCUCAAUGUGAAGCAAGUUCAGGAGGAGACGCUGCUGAAGCGCUUGCGUAACAACGAAAACACAUGUUAUGGACGGCAGUAUGACUUCAGCUCAAUGAAAGACAGUGUUAGCUUCCGGGCACGUCACCCCAUCACCACAUAUGAGCAUUACAGAGAGUUCAUCAGACGCAUCGCUGCAGGGGAGGAGAAGGUGAUCAUUGCCAAGAAGCCACUGAUCCUGGCCAUGACCUCUGGGACAUCAGGAUCCAGUGCCAUGCUUCUCAGCACCAGAGACACCAACACUGAGUUCUUUCUCCAGGGUGUCACUGUAUGUUUGGAUGCCAUGCGGCAGGCAUUCCCCGCAGCAGACAACCUGCAGCGCACGACUAAGUUCUUCUACACACCUACUUUUCGGCAGUCUGAGGCCGGCAUUCCCAUCGGACCAAACUCCUCCACUCCAGCAUCUUCUCGCCACAUGUUAAAUCUCUAUACCACCCCAGCACCUGCCUUUGAGGUUCUCAGUGAAAAGGAUACCCUCUACCUGCACCUCCUGUUUGCUCUGAAAGAUGCCAGUGUAGGAACACUGGAGUCCAACUUUGCCUCCACAGUUUUCUAUGCUUUCAGUGCCCUACAGGAUCGUUGGCAGGAGCUAGUGGGGGACAUUGAACAGGGGACGGUCAGCAAUGCUCUGGCUCUUGAUCCCAAAGUGAGGGUGAGACUCGAAGCUCUCAUGAAGCCAGACUCAGAGAGAGCUGCUCAGCUGCGGGCCCACUUUAAGGAAGGCUUCAGGGGAAUCGCCAAGCGACUUUGGCCUCACCUCCACCUCGUGUUAGCAGUCGACUCAGGCUCCAAUCAGAUCUAUGGGGAAAUGCUGAGGGAGAAUUACUGCCAGGGAGUGCCUUUCUACUCACCCUUCUAUGCUGCCACUGAAGGUCUGAUAGGGGUCAACCUUUGGCCUCAGGAGCAGAACAGACACUAUUGUCUGUGUCCUCGCUCCAUGUUCUGCGAGUUCCUGCCAGAGAGCAGCCUCGGGGAGGAGACGCCUGACACUCUGCUCAUGGACGAGGUGAAGGAGGGACAAAACUAUGAACUUGUCAUUACAAAUGCAUCAGGACUCUUCAGAUACUGCAUUGGAGACAUUGUGAAAGUUGUUGGAUUCCACAAUCAGUGUCCCAUUGUUGAGUUUCAGUACAGACGAGGGCAGAUGUUGAACGUUCGAGGGGAGAAAGUUUCUGAAGCGUUGUUCCUUAACACUCUGAAAAAAGCUGUUGCUCAGUGGCCAGGAGCUCAGCUGGUCGACUACUGCUGUGCAGAGAGUGGCAUCCUGGGAGAUUCAAUAGGCGGCUCAGAUCCUCAUUACCAGGUGUUUGUGGAGCUAAAAGGUGUGAGGAACCUCACAGAAGAACAACGGUACAAGCUGGACGCCUGUCUCCAGCAGGACUCGGCUGUCUACAGGUCUUUCCGUAUCAAAGGCAGCAUAGGAUCAAUGAGGGUGCAGCUUGUGGCCGAGGGUGCGUUCAAGGAGCUUCGUAAGCAGAUGAUGGCCUUCUCAAACACUUCACCUAACACUUUCAAAAUGCACCGAGUGCUGCGCAGGAAAGAAUAUGCUGAAUUCUUACUGGGCAAAACGAUUUCCUGAAAGCUCCUGUUGUGGGAAACCGAACAAUCUUGUAACUCUCACAGUGGUCCGCACUGACUGACUGAGUCAUCUUAUCUUGACUAUGUUUAUAUACAUAUAUAAAACUGUAUUUACUAUUUUAUUGACACAAACUUUUGUCUUUUGGUUUAGCGUGUCAGGUAAGGUGGUCCUGUGCAACAAACACAGGAGAUCUGUGCUAAAGAUUCAUUCUUACUUAUCUGCUACACAAUAUACAAGAUCAUAAGAAAAUGAGAUUUGCUUUAAGUUAUCACUGCAACUUAUGACAAAGGGCACAAAUGAAUGUGCACUUCAGUGUUAUCAUUGUUGUUUUAUUUCCAUUUAAUAGAAAACAGCCCCCCUAUAGGGAUAGUGUGGAUGUAUGGGAUACUGGCACAUAGUGUAGAUUGUAACAAGGACCUUAUUGGGACAUGAACAAAAUGCUCUCACCGACUACAUGGCAAGGACACAAGGAAGCCGUUUGACAAAAAGCUUAACAAGAAUAUAUUUUCUGCCUUAUUUCAUUGUUAGGCAGCCUUUCUUGACUGGAAACUGAAGUUCGUAAAUGACUCAUUCUCCUGCACCAAAGUCCAGAGAGAAAUUCAGCACUUUUAUAGCUUGUGUGGAGCUGCUGUUGGUCUGCUGCUGUCGUGAUUUGUACAUUUUUGACACUUAAGUGAAUCAGAGCAAAACAUAUUUCAAACACCUAAGUCACACAGUAACACAUUUGACCUCACUGGUUGAGAAAGCAGUAGAUGAACGAGCCUGUAGGCCCAGCCUAUUCAAAUGGUGGCCUGUGGGCCACAUGUGGCCCAAAAGCAACCUCUUGUUGGCACCAACACUGAGCCAACACUAGAAGAACACAGAUUCCUACAUAAAUUCCUACAGUGGCACUGACCCUGAACGAAACAAUCUGCAUGGCCUGUGAUAGUUUUGAUAGCGUUGAUAUUUAUUUUGGGUCAUAUGUGACAUGUUUAUCUUAAAUAUCUUAAACAUCUCAAAUAAAGACAUUCAUGACUUACACUUGGAGUUACACCUGGCCAAAUAUGAUAAACACGUUUCUUUUCUUUCUUUUUUUAUUUAAAAUAGUUACAGCUAAUAUUGUGUACUUUUGUAGGUAUUGGAAGGACUGGUAUGACCAAGGUAUGGUAAGUGAGCUUUUUUCUUAAGAGACAUACACUUCAGUUUCCAGACAGAAAAUGUUUUCUAACAGCUGGAUAAAGCAGCAAACAUAGUCUUAAUAUGUGAUAGACUGAAGUUGGUGUAUACUUUAUUAAAGGAGCCUUUUGUUAAGUGACUAAAAUUUGGAUUUCCUUUCCCACUGGCAACCAUAUUGUCAGUGAGAGUGAUCCUCUGUGUCUGGUACAUGAUACUCAUUAUAUAAUCUGACCUCUUCAUCUCCAAACCAGAGGAAAGCAAGUCUGAACAGUUGCAAGGGCAGAAUAAUGAACAUUCAACACAUCAGCAUUUAGCCUAAUGAUGGUAAAUUCAGUUAAUACAAUUUAUAAUUUUUCUACUGUCUAGAUUUGUAGUAAGUCAUGUAUAACGUUGUCAAAGAUGUAAAAGUCUUCAGCUACACAUUGGACAGGCCCUUUCAUGAAUGCAUGUUACCCUCACAUGUUGCCUGAUGUGCUUUUUCUCCUGCAGGUUCCCUCAUUAAAAAGUGGGUUAACGAUAUUUUUAGUAACAUUCAAUUUCAGCAGAGAUUUGACACUGCUGUCAUGUUAUUUUUGCUUCUCACGGUGCAGCAGUGUAGAAGUGAUUAGACAUACCUUUGGCUCAAAACAAACGGCCUUUACCUGAGAUGGCGAUGUAAAGAAACAGGGGCUGAUGUCUUGGCUUUUAUUCUCUGGAGGUUUUAAACAGUUUAAUCUGUGGAGAGUCUCUUCUUCUUCACAUUCCCAAGCACAUUGGUGAGGUUACAGCCUCACUACUGACUUUAAACACUUCACCUCCCUGAUUACUGGGGAAACAGACAACAUUAAAAGUAGAAUACUGUAUUAAAACUGAUUAUAGUCACCGAUAAAUAAAAAAAAAACUACCAGCAAAACCUUUGAAGCUCAAACUAACAACCCACAUUAAACUAAUUUCUGUCAAGACGAUUGAAAAUGUAAAGAGAAAAGUGGGAUAAUCUUUUGUUUGAGAUGUACAAUAUGUUGUAUUGUGCUCACAUACUUUUGUUUAUUCAGUGAAGUAGAGGUUUUUUUUUUUGGAAUAAUCCUGUUCAACCAGUGGGAGUAACUUAAAACAUUAAAGGGGAAUAAAGACAAUGAAGUCACUGUAAAUUAUGAAA